CGUAGCUUGCGCCGAAAAGAGUCAGGUUGAACGAGACUAGUUUCCAUUCUGCACAUGGAUUCUUGACUUGUGUAACACCGGUUGAGGUUACAUCAGGCUGUCAACGAGCUGCACUAAUCGAAGAUGCAUCGCAUACCAAAUAGCGGAUUGGUACGACUAUUAUCUCGAGAUGUAUACCACCAAUCAAAGAGGCUUCUAGCUGCAAGGACUAAUAUGGUAAUUACAUUUGUUCCCCAACAAGAGGCAUGGAUUGUGGAGCGUUUUGGAAAAUUCAGCAAAACUAUGAAACCGGGCUUGAAUAUACUUGUCCCUAUAAUAGACACAAUAAAGUAUGUUCAAAUCCUCAAAGAAAUUCCUAUUGAAGUUCCACACCAGUCGGCUAUUACUUUAGAUAACGUAUUGUUAAAUUUGGAUGGUGUUUUGUAUGUCAAAGUAUUGGAUCCAUAUAAGGCGAGUUAUGGUGUGGAGGAUGUGGAGUUUGCCGUUACACAGUUGGCUCAGACCACUAUGAGAUCAGAAAUUGGUAAAAUUUCUCUGGAUGAAAUCUUCAGAGAAAGAGAAUCGCUAAAUGUAGCUAUUGUUUCUGCACUCAACAAAGCUGCAGAGGAUUGGGGAAUAACAUGUCUACGUUAUGAAAUCAGAGAUAUCAAGCUUCCACAUAAGAUCCAGGAAGCUAUGCAGAUGAUGGUAGAAGCAGAGAGAAAAAAGCGGGCAUUUAUUUUAGAAUCAGAAGGUAAAAAACAGUCAGAAAUCAACGUAGCUGAGGGUCACAAACAAGCAAAGAUAUUAGCAUCAGAAGGCUACAAGAUAGAACAAAUCAACACUGCUCAGGGGGAGGCAGAGGCACUGAAAGCAAAAGCCAAUGCCAAGGCUGAAGCUAUACGGGCAGUAGCCAACGCCCUCGGUAAAAAGAAUGGUAGUGAGGCAGUGUCGUACAACGUGGCAGAACAGUAUGUGACAGCGUUUGGUAAUCUGGCUAAAACUAGCAACACCAUCAUCCUUCCUGCUAAUACUGGGGAUGUGUCCAGUAUGGUAGCUCAGGCCAUGUCUAUCUACAAGAACUUGUCUACUGAAAGACCAACUACAGAUUAUUCAGUGGACAGUGAAUCCACUGAACCUACUCUGUCUGGUUCCACUGAACCUACUCUGUCUGAUUUCACUGAACCUACAGCCCCUACACAUGACGAGACAGACUCAGACAUAAAAACAGAUGACAGAAAGGAUCCUUAAUGACAGACAAUUCUAGUAAGGGGCUAGCUGUUGGAAGUUUUGUGAUACAUUGAUGACCCUGAGGAGGAACGAAUAUAUUGAAGGCUUCUGAAUAUACAUGAGGAUGACGCUUGUAUCUUCAGUGUCCUUUUUGUUAUUUCUUUUGAGAAUACUAAACAAGAAAUAUCUAAAAAAAAUAACUUGUUCAGUAUGGUCCUAUACAUUGAUCAGUAUAACCGUUACACAUCUCUCUAGGUCUGAUAUAGAGUAUCAUUUCUAACAUGACCAUUAACCUCCUCGUGUACACGUGUAACUCGCUAAUACAUAGUAACUUUUGUGUCUUUCUGGAACAUUUGUUAUGUUAUAUAGCUGGCAUCAAUUUAACAGCACUCUGAGAGAGCCAAGAAACUAUGUUUGUAACUUUGAGAAAGGUCAUUCUCUGUACUUCAGUAUGAACUGGUCGAUUUUUUUUUUCAUCAGGGUAUACUGGAAGUUCCGUUGAUUUGAAAAGGAGAAAUACUACUGUAGUGAUAUGACAUUUUUUUAAUAAAUUAUGAAUCAAAGACAA